AUGGGCAAGCGGCUCAUCCAGGUGCACCCGCCUGCGGGGCUAAGUGGCAAGCGCCAAGUGGCAACACGCAUGGCGGGCGUCUGCAGUGGUCCCGGCGAGGCGACGCCGGCUGCAACACGGGCGCACGGAAGCGAGGACGCCAAAGAUACCGGCGACGCAUGGAUCCUUGAUCGCGGGUAUUACACCCGCUCGCGCCGAAACACGCAGACCGCGAUGGCGCAGCGCCAGAGCCAAGCGACCUAG